ACGAAAAGAUGGGAAAAAAAAGCGCUCCCUCUCUGAGCGCGAUCAUAGUGGCCGCCAUGACCGGAGGGCGGCAGCUGUCCAUCUGCGGGCUUUCAUCUGCCAUGGUUGGGCGACGUCAAUACCCAGAUUUCUCAACUUCGCUGUACCCACCGCGAUGCCAGCUCCCCCUUGCAGGAGCUUCCUCUACCUUUCUCUCUCUCGACCCAUCGAUCCGUCCAGUCCGCUCUCCCUCUCCGUAAUUCAUUCCCCUUCAAUCCGGUCGCGUCAUAACCGGUCGUUCUCCUGAAAUCCCAUCCAUUGAUUACUCGUUCCCUGUCCUCUCAAUCUGGUGUCCGAUUAAGCAAAUCGAGCCUUCUAUUUGAUCUAUCCGUCCAUCUGGAAUGCGUCUUAGAUUAGGUGUGUCGGUUCCUUUUGGCUGCUAUAACUUGCUUGUUUACGGAAAUAUUCGAGGGUCUCGCUGAGUGGUUCCUCGGAAUCAAGGUAUGCUUUGGCUGGACUAGCUGGUUUUUUCUCCUCUGCUGCUUGUGGUACAAUCGCAACAAGGAUCAUAGAAUUUGCGGCUGAACGCUAAUGGCUUUCACGGGGACACUGGACAAAUGCAAGGUGUGCGACAAGACCGUCUAUGUGGUCGAUCUACUGUCGGCUGACGGAGUUUCAUACCACAAAACUUGCUUCAGAUGCAGCCACUGCAAGGGCCCCUUGGUGAUGAGCAACUACUCUUCAUUGGAGGGUGUCCUUUACUGCAAGCCUCAUUUUGAACAACUUUUUAAGGAAACAGGCAGUUUCAACAAGAGCUUCAAUUUACCUCCAAAAUCCCCAGAAAGGCUUGAACAGUCCAGGGCCCCAAGCAAGUUUUCUUCCAUCUUCACUGGCACACAGGACAAGUGUGCUGCGUGUGACAAAACAGUAUAUCCUCUAGAGAAGGUGACUGUGGAAGGGCAGUGUUAUCACAAGCAUUGUUUCAGGUGUGCAUAUGGCGGUUGUGCAUUAACAAUAUCCACAUAUGCGUCUCUUGAGGGUGUUAUUUACUGCAAGCAUCAUUUUGCUCAACUGUUCAAGGAGAAGGGUAACUAUAACCACCUUCUGAAGUCAGUAUCCAUGAAAGGACAUUCAGCUGUCACCCAAAACCAAGCAGAACAGCAGGAGACUCCUCAGGAAACUGACGAGUCAUAGACUGUUCAUCUUCACCAGCAGGGUUGUUUCGACAUAGACUCUUCCUCUUCAAUGCUACAAUAUUAGUUAUUAUUCCCCAUAAACAUCUUUCAUUUAUUAUUUUUAUGUAUACCUUUGUGUGGAAAAUUUAAUCAAUGUAUGGUAAAUUGACUCCACUGUGCAAAACUUAAUAACUUCCUCGUGAUAUUUGCCUUCUUUUUUCAGUAAUUUUCAUGGUAACAGAAUAUUACUUCUGGUUCU